AAUCAUCUGACUCAAAGGUUCUAAGGCUUUAAGACUAAGGCUCUAAGGCUCUAAGGCUCAGGGAAUAAGGACCCAACAACAACGAACCGCAUACGAAUACCGCAACACGUAGCAUUUCGAAUCUCGCAAGCUUGCUGUCUUUAAUAUACCUAUACCAAUAUACGCCUUUCAUCUUUGCUACAAUAACUUGACUCGUCAGUUUCAUUAUCUUAUUGUUUCAUUGCCCUAAUAAGGUCAUCACAAGUCGUCAAGUCGGUCCAGGCAAUACGACGUAACCUGCAUCUUCCAUUUGUUACCGGCUUCGACCCACAAACUAAUCCACACCCCCACCAAACCCGACGCAGAAAAAGACCAAGCAAGAUCCAACUUGAAUCCUUUUGACUACUAUCCUAUUCCACGGCUAUAUUCUCGCUAGAAUCAACUUCGAAUUCCUUCCGUUCGAGCACAUCUAUGUCAAACUGCCCGACCAGCCGGUCAACCAUACAUCAUAAUUCUACAAUGGACGCAUUGAGGGGGUCUUCGCCAGCCAAGAACAGCGCGGGUUGUGAGUCACCCGAACAACUACUCGAUUCCUUCAAGGCCGCAGCGUUAUCCGUUACAAAGCUCUAUAAAACCUCAGUCGCCGCCCAGACAAAAGCCCGGGCCGAUGGAUACCAAGAUUGCUUGGAUGACCUCCUGGCCUUUCUUGAUAAGUCGAACAUUGGUGUCAGCGACGGCGAAGGGUGGCUAAUCCGGAAGUGGGCGACUGAGCGUCUAGACGGACGAGACAUAUCGCCCCAAACGGUGGAGAGCGAGGACGAAGUAGAAAAGCCCGAACCAGCAUCAUCACCCGAAAUCCACCAUUCCGGUAGCCAAACGCAUAUGUCCGCGAUGCGGAACGAACCCCACUUGCAGCCAGAGUCUGUCUCCGCGUCUGCCCAUCAGUCGACCGUCAACUCUCCUGCGGGGGAACAGCAAAUGAUUUCCGUUCCGACUCAGGACAGUUUCACCUUUCGGGCGUCACACCCAUACCCCCAAGAACCAUACCUAAAUUUGGAGAACCUGGACCUCUCAGAUUCGACUCGGACGAAUGAUGGCGCUAGCCCAGGGUCUUCCGCCGUCCCCAUCGCUCACCCGACUCGCUCGCGCACCAACAAGCGAGGACCCAGGCCAAGGCCUACGAAUCAUCUCGGAAAAGGGGCUGGUCAGAAGCGAACGAUCAACUUCGCCGAGCUAUUCAACGUAGGCGACAUACCAUUCGGAAAAGACAUGUUCGGAAGGGAAGGGAAGAGGAGUCGGCAUAACUGAUCAAGAACAGCCACUACACAUUUCUUGAUAUACCUGCUUCACUCAUCUUGCUCCUCGGAUGGGGAUGGGGAUGGGGAUACGAGACACGCAGCACAGCAGCUACGACGCUUGACGAAGUUAAUGGGGUUCGAAUUAGGAUUGGAAGGGGGACAUUGCAUGGUAGCACUGGCAAGCAUUUUGAGGCGUUGAGUACUAUGACAUCGGUUCCUUGUUGUCCUGAGAGGGCGUCCCGGAACUUUUGCUGCUUGCUUUCCUAUAGACCAAGGUCAAUCAAUAUAAAACCCAUUGUUCGAGUCUCACGAUUCCGCCGUAUCCGCGAUAGUAUAUUUCUCUUCGUGGAUAAGCAAUUGGCUCUAGGUCAAGUCCAAUGUACAUCCGAUCACUUCGAUGAGCAAUAGCAGCGUGAUGGGAUUUAUGUAUAUAUCGUUUGUCCAACGUGGUAAAUAGUAGAAACAUCCACGUGUAAUCAAGAGUCCCUGUUUCUCCGGAAUUCAUGUUUUAAUAUAACAAUCACUAAUAAUAACAUAGUAAUAACACGGCCGUCCAGCCCAAUGUUAUUACCGACAGCCAGCAGUUUUCUUUGACUUAUUAGAAGGAAAG